UUCCACAGCAGCUGAUGCUAAUGGACCCGGUCAGGCUUCUUAUCUCCUCUUCCCUUGGCUGAUUCAUGAUGCCUUCAGGCGCAGGGGGGGCUCAGUGUGCUCAUUUUGGAUGGCAAUUAUGCGAGAGUGGCGGUGAUCAUUUGGCGGUAUCUCUGUCCGGUGAAAGAGAGCAAGAAAAUUGCGUUGAGUAUCAAGUGUUAUCAGUGAUAAUGCUGCAUGUCUGACAGAGGAUAGAGACUGCUUCUGUUACUCGAUAGCAACUCGAAACCUGCCAGAGAGAUGGAGAGUGGUGGGGAAAAUCAAGCUUGACUUGCAGAGAUUUGUGACUCCCGAGCUGGAAAAGUUCCUGCAGAGUUUGUAGGAAUAGCAGCACAAAGCUAAGUGUUUAGAAAGUUGCAAUUUUGACUUCACCAGGGGAAAUAACGCCUUUAACACCGAGCCUAGGGGUCCCAUAAGAAGAGGAAGGAUAUGGGGCAAAUAUACACACCAGAAUUGAAUGGACUUGGGCUUUUUAUUUAUUUAUGAGAGGAAGACAAACAAUGCUAAUCCGGACGAGGAAAUACAGCUCCCUCGUGUUUGAAGUGGGCUCGUUGUCAGGCGAGCAGCUGCUGACAUCAUGUGAACAGACAGAGCCCAGACCACAGCCGGCGGGGGCUGGGAAGACGGCGAGCGAGAGGGCAAAGAGCUGAGAUACUCAGUGUGAUGAUGCCUUCACUGUCUAACACGUCGAUGGCACUGCAGACGGGACGGGGUUUUGGGAUUUGGAACCAGUUUGUGUCUUGAUUGUGUGACACUCAGGAGAUGAAGCAGCUUUGUUGACUUUGGUGUAAUGAGAGCGCUGGUCAUGGACAGAUGAUGGACGUGGAGACGUCGUACUCGGACUUCAUCAACUGUGAUCGCACCGGCCGCAGGAACGCAGUGCCCGACAUCGGUGGCGAGGGAGAGGGAGAGGGAGGGGCCAGCACCAGUGAGCUCACCAAAGACCUGGCAGAGAUGGACCUGAAGGCCGCAGGAGGAGACCCGGGGGCCUCCCCAGCUCCAGAGGCCGAGGGCUCCACCAGCCAAGACGCCCAGGGAGGCGGAGGCCCUUCUUAAACUUAAGGCUGCAGAGGGAGGGGGGGGAAUGGGGGG